AUCAUUUUGAUAAUAUUAUUAAAUAGAAAAGUUGAUACAUUUCAAAAAUGGACAUAUGAUGAUCAAAAAGCAUGGUCCAUUGAUAAUAAAGAAUGUAGUGAUCAUUUUCAAUCACCAAUCAAUAUAAAUCAUAAUGAUUUAAUAUUGAAUGAUUCAUUAAAAAUUGAAUUUCAUAAUUAUAAUCAACCAAGCUCUAAUUAUCGUGUUACUAAUCAUGGACGUUCAGUUCAAUUUGAUUAUAUUGGUGAUUCGAUUAUGGUACCAAUGAUAACUGGAUCAGCAUUAAAUGGUAAAGAAUUUGCAUUACAACAAUUUCAUUUUCAUUGGGGAUUAGAACCGAAAUUUGGUUCCGAACAUCGUAUCGAUAAUCAUAUUUAUCCAAUCGAAAUGCAUCUUGUUCAUUAUAACCAUGAUGAAUAUCAAUCAUUUAGUCAGGCAUUACAAUCACGUAAUGAAAAUGUAGCUGUUUUGGCUAUAUUUUUCGAUAUUCAAAAUCAAAAUAAUCCAGAUUUUGAUGUUAUAAGUGAAAAAAUUCAACAUCUACAAACAACACAUACAAAUUAUUCCAUUGAUUUACAAGAUCGAUUAAUAUUACAAUUUUUGUUACCAAAAAAUACUAGAAAUUUUUAUCGUUAUCAUGGUUCAUUUACAACACCACCAUGUACAACAAAUGUUACAUGGUUAGUUAUGAAUCAACCAAAUGAAAUUGGUUUCAUUCAGUAUGAAAAAUUCAAAGAUGUAAUCGAUCAUAAACCGGGUAAACCGAUCGGUAAUAAUUAUCGUCAAUUACAACAAUUGAAUGGACGGAAAAUUGAAUGUUCAUUUCAAAAUCAUCAACAACAACAGCAGCAAAAUAACAAUAACAAUGGUGAUCACAGUAAUAAAUCCAUAUCGAUGAUAAUCAUUCUGGUUUUAUCCAUAAUUGAUUUGUUGGCUUUUUUAACAAUUUCAAAAUUUUAUAUGUUUAAAUGA